AUGUCCGCGCCACCACGACCCACUUCCCCCGCUCCCCUUCCCUCUGCUCUACCACCACCUCCACCACUGCCCUGGCACCAUACCGCUGUCAUCUACCACCUCUACCCCUCCUCCUUCUUCUGCCCUCCCGGCUCUCCCACUCAGCAUACUGGCUCAAUUCGUGGCAUAAUCCAGAAGAUCCCAUACCUCAAGUCCCUCGGCAUCGACGCAAUCUGGCUAGGUGCAUGCCAUCUCUCCUCCGGAAUUGACAAUGGCUAUGAUGUCGUCGAUUACCGCCGAAUUGAUCCGCAGUAUGGCACCGUGGCGGAUCUGGAAGAGCUAAUCUGGAAGUUGAAAGAAGUGGGAGUUGGAGUCAUUAUGGAUAUGGUUGUUAAUCAUACUAGUUGGGAACAUAAGUGGUUUGAGGAAAGUAAAAGGAAAGUGAAUGGGAAGGGGGAUUGGUACUUCUGGCGUAAGUCGAGUUCGGAGAGGGUUGUGAAAAGACUCCAGGAAGAUGGAACGGAAGUUGAGGAAGUCAUGCGAUUGCCGCCGAAUAAUUGGGCUUCGAUUUUUGGAGGUUCGGCGUGGGAGUAUGAUGAAGUGAGAAAAAAGUGGUUUCUGCAUAUUUUUAGUGAAGGGCAGCCGGAUUUGAAUUGGAACUGUGUGCAUGUGAGGAAGGCGAUUUAUGAGGAGAUGAGGUUCUGGGUUGAGAAGGGGGUUGUGGGUUUUAGAUUGGAUGUCAUCAAUUUGAUUUCGAAAAUGGAGCAUCUGGAGAGGCAGAAUGUGAGGACAGUAGGAGAAGGAGAGGAGGAGGUCGACAUGCUGGAUCCGAGGCCGGCGUAUGAGUACUAUUGUAAUGGGGACAGGGUGCAUGAGUUCUUGAGGGAGAUGAGGAGGGAGGUCUUUGGGGUGGAAGAGAAGAAUGGGGGCGGAGCAGAUGGAAAGAGCAAAAUCUUACUGGGAGAAGUGAUUGUGACUUCUGAGCCGGGAGCUGUUCGGGAAUACAUUCUGCCCGAAAGGAAAGAGCUGGACAUGCUCUACCAAUACGACAUCUUCGACCUCGACUCCCUUCAGGCGAACGGCAAAUUCUCUUCUCCGGAUCCACCUUUGACACAGAAGCAGCUCAUGCAUAUGUUGAAGAAGACAAUCGCUCAUUGGCAGCGAGAGCUCAGCUACCAGCGGACCGAAGGUGGCUGCGGGACGAUUUGGCUUGAGAGCCAUGACACUGCGCGGUCCGUUUCCAGGUUCGGUGGCAACAUCGUCAACAAGAGCGACGAGAACAGGAGAAAGUACAGGUAUAAGGUGGCAAAGAUGCUGGCUCUGCUGGAGUGUACGCUGGGAGGGACCUUGUUCAUCUACCAAGGCCAGGAACUCGGCAUGAUGAACUUGCGAGACGAUGUCAGUAUCUCGGAGUAUCCAGAUGUCGAGACGAAGAAGGCAAGAGAGGAUGAGUAUGCUAAAAGAAAGCGUGACACUAUUGCUGCCGCUCAACUUGGUCCGGAGAAGAAUCGAACGCACGAGCUUGAGAUCGAUAUGUCCGACUUUGAAGCCCAGCUCCGCCUCAAAGCCCGCGAUCACGCAAGAAUGCCUCUUCCUUGGGUGCCUGCUUCAGAAGCGCAACCUCACGCUGGAUUCUCCAGUGCACCAAGGGAGACCAAGAUGUGGAGUCCAAUGAACACGGAUACGCAAGAGUGUAACAUUGCCGACCAGGAGCGCAACCACGAUAGUGUGCUGAAGUUCUGGAGGAAGCUGAUUCGGUUCAGAAAGGAAAGAGCAAGCACUGUGGUGGUUGGUGAUUUCGAGCCCGUCGAAGCGACGAUUGGAGAUGAGGCAAUACCGGUUUUUGCGUAUUGGAGAAAAGCGAACGAUGACGGAUUCGAGAUUGGCGACGCUAUGCUAGAGGACGAUAGGGACUUGUUGGUCGUGAUCAAUAUGACUGCUGAACAAGAUGUGCCUUUCAAGCUGCCGAUAGGAUACAUCUGCUCGGGAUGCAGGAGCGAGGAUGGUCACGGGCGAGACGUCAUGUUCGAUCCUGUGGUGACAACAGCCGAGGCCAGGUGGCAAGAUGCUGACGGAUGGUUGAAAAGCGGACAGGAGAUCAACCUUGGCGCAUUCGAGGGAGUGGUCUUUGCGUGCCAAUGA